AUGAUUGCGUUACGUAUGAAGGCCUUAUUUAUAUUUUUUGUUGUUGCACCGUCUGUUACACCCAGGAUACACAAGCUGUCUCUUUCGGAUGAUGAGCGUCAUUAUGUAGAUCUUACUACUUUUGGUUUCUAUCAAGGAGGCAUAUUAGAUGUUCAAAUGGUCAACUUUCGAUUACCAUCUGGACCAGUUUAUGGCGAGUAUGCAUCUUUAAUACAGUAUGGAUUCACCUUGGACCGCACAGCAAGUGAUGCUAUCAACCCUUAUUUGGAAGUUCACUCGGACACAUGUAUAUUAAAAGGUGUUGAGAGUAGCAGUACCUUGUUAUCGCCUCACCAUCCGGCAAUUGUCUUUUUGAAAAUGGACUUUGAAAACCUCAGGUUGAACAUAACUUGCGAAGGCGAAGUUGUUGCUCUGCAUCUUUACCCAAAUCGUUCUAUGAUACCUAUCGACAGGACCAAGAGACAAUCGCAAUAUAUGUUUGUGAAUAGGCGGCGAAGAUCACUCGACGAUGACUUGGAUGUGAAAGUUCUUGGUCCACAAUGCUCGCACGCUGUGCUACCCAUAACAAAAGAUACACGCGACGGUUACGACUAUUACAAUACAAGUUUUGCAAUGUAUGUGGCAUCUGAUAAAGAAGAAGGUCUGUACAACUUAUAUUUCCACAAUUGUCCACGAGAAGACACCGGUGUUGCCACACCUAUUAAUGUUAUGAUCGAAAUAUAUGAAAGCAACGACGGAAACUUCUUAUCAGCUGGUGAAAUGCCACUUCCAGCUCUAUACAGCAUGAUGUCACUAAUAUUCUUCCUAAGUGCUGGCUUCUGGACAUUCAUACUAAAAACUAGCAGGAACAAAGUCUACCGUAUACAUAUCAUUAUGUGUGUGCUUGUGUAUUUGAAAGCUAUAUCUCUGGCAUUCCAUGGAAUAAACUAUCAUUUCAUACAAACAAGGGGAGAGCAUGUCACCGCAUGGGCCAUACUCUUCUAUAUAACACAUCUGUUGAAGGGUGCUGUUUUGUUUGUGACUAUAGUACUGGUGGGCACCGGAUGGAACUUCAUAAAGCACAUCCUCGCUGACAGGGACAAGAAGAUAUUCAUGAUAGUUAUACCGCUGCAGGUGGUGUCGAAUGUUGCUGAGAUUAUUAUAGCUGAGAGUGAGAAGGGAGCGGCUGAACACAACGCCUGGCGCAUACUCUUCAUAUUUGUGGACAUGUUAUGCUGCGGCGCCAUCAUGUUUCCGGUUGUUUGGUCAAUUCACCACCUAGAGGAUUCAUCGACCACCGAUGGCAAGGCCGCUGUGAAUCUCCGCAAGUUAAAACUGUUCCGUCACUUCUAUGUCAUGAUACUCUGUUAUAUAUACUUCACGAGAUUCAUCGUAUCUAUUUUGGAGAACACAGUACCAUUCCAAUAUUCGUGGAUAGACGAGAUGUUCCGUGAGAUGGCUACCUUCGUGUUCUUCGUCACCACCGGGUACAAGUUCAGACCGGCCGCUGCCAACCCUUACUUCACGCCAACAAAUCUAGACGACAUUGAACCUAAAGUUUACUGGAUCUCGCCAGGAUUGUCUGAUAUCGGAGUUCUCGACGGUUUGACGAAUAGAGAGAAAAAGAGAGAAGAUAUGCAACCACUGAUGCAAGAAACUAAUUCGGAUUGA